AUGGCCGAGCUUCUCGACUCGCUGGACAAGCUGCCCAAGAUCCGCCAGUUUGACGCGUUUCCCAAGACGCAGUCGAUCUAUACGCAGCGGUCGUCCAAGGGCGGAGUGCUGACGAUCAUCUCUGCGCUGGCGCUCGUGUUUCUGCUAUGGACGGAACUAUCGACGUAUCUGUACGGCGAGCGCGGGUAUUCGUUCGCCGUGGAUAGUCAGAUGCAGUCGACGAUGCAGAUCAACAUGGACAUGACCGUGGCGAUGAAGUGUCACUACCUCACCAUCGACGUGCGCGAUGCGGUGGGCGACCGUCUGCACGUCUCGGAUUCCGAGUUCAAAAAGGACGGAACCACGUUUGAUAUCGGCCAUGCCGAUCGACUCGAUGCGCUUCCGCAGGAGGCGCUCGAUGUGGGAAAGACGAUUAGCAAGGCGAGGAAGAAGCCGCUGUAUAGGAGGAAACCGCGCAACAAAAAGUUCUCGAGACAGGUGGCGUUUCACAAAACCGCACACGUCGUACCGGACGGUCCGGCGUGCAGGAUCUACGGCAGCAUGGAGGUCAAGAGGGUCACGGGCAAUCUGCACAUCACCACGCUUGGACAUGGCUAUCUCAGCAUGGAACACACCGACCACAAACUCAUGAACCUCAGCCAUGUCAUCCACGAGUUCAGCUUCGGCCCUUACUUUCCCGAAAUCUCGCAACCGCUCGACUCGUCGGUCGAGACCACGGACAAGCUGUUCCAGUACUUUGUCUCGGCCAUACCCACGCUGUUCAUCGACGCGCGCGGGCGGCGGUUGCACACGCACCAGUACUCGGUGACCGACUACACGCGUCCCAUCGAGCACGGCAAAGGCGUACCGGGCAUCUUUAUCAAGUACGACAUUGAGCCGUUGCAGAUGACGAUUCGCGAGCGCUCGGUCUCGCUCGUCCAGUUCCUCGUGCGUCUCGCCGGCGUCGUGGGCGGCGUAUGGGUAUGUGUCGGGUACGCAUUCCGCGUCACCACGCGCAUCUCAACCCUCGCUACGUCGACCAACGAUCGAGACUCGCCCGAAGCAUACGCCGCCAGCUACGGCUACACCCGCCCCGGCAUGCACAAGUCGCCCAGCUGGGUAGCCGCCAACGACGCCGUGGGCAAGCUCAAGGACAAAUGGGCGAAUUUCGGCGGCGACCUGGGCCGAACGCCCGGCCACCGCAAAGUGGAUAGCGUCCAACAACGCAUCCUCUCCGAAGAAGGUCGUGCCUUUUAA